AUGACUCGUCGAAAAAAUGACUCAGUAACUGAGCAACUCUCUUCACUAAAACAAGAGCGAACAUCAGUGGAACGAAACAUGCUAAGCAUAAAGGCGAAGGUAGAGAAGGAAUUAGCGUUUGUGGAUGUUAACAUUUUAGAAUGUCGACUGCAAAUUUUGGAAUCGUAUUUUACAGAAGUUUGUCAAAUACAAAAUAAAAUUGAACGAGCAUGUCCGGAUGAUGAUAGGCGUAGCAAAUUAGAGGACAUAUAUGUCAGCAUAAAAUCACUUAUUGUGGCCGCAAUCAACAAUCAAAAAAUAAGGCCGAUACAUGAAUCAAGUGUAUUGAAUUCGUCGAUUUUAAACAACUCCUCACAUCAUAGUCGUUUACCAGCAUUGAAAUUGCCAAGAUUUGAUGAUAUGACGAAGGGCGACUCAAUCACACUCAGGCAUAUUGUAGAUACAGUGUCUGCUUUAUUCUGUUCACUUCUAUCGUUGGGUUCGGAAGCAGACAUUCUGAACGCCAUAGUUAUUCAUUUAGUAUUGUCUAAAGUGGAUAACGAAACUAAAAUUUUUUAUGAUUCUCAGCAAGAUUUUGAGUCAUUGCCAUCUUGGGAAAGUUGCUACACACUUUUGAGUCGAAGAUGUCAAUUUCUGGAAAGCAAUUCGAAAAGAUGCAAUAAUGAUAAAGUAAAUGAUACCAAAAAUAAUUCUUUUAACAGAAAAUUGACCACAUUUGUUAACACCAAAAUCAAUUGUAUGAAGUGUAAUGGAGGAGACCACAGCCUAGGAUCAUGUCCAUCGUUUGUAAAACUGACUUUUAACGACAAAUUCAAAUUCGUAAAAGAUCUUUCUGUUUGCUUAAAUUGUCUACGCAAAGGGCACGUCGUUAAAAAUUGUCAAUCUACAGCUCGCUGUCGAAUAUGCAAUGGUAUGCAUCAUACGUGUUUGCAUAAAUUCAAACCCAUCGAGCAAAAUGUGAGACCAAAUUUGUCAGACAGUCCACCUGGACAACUAAAUUUUCCGCAAUCUCCAUCAAUUUCUCUAGUAUCGCGUACUAAACAACGAUCAUUGAUUCCCACAGCUGUAGUACUUAUUAAGGAUAAAUACGGUUUAUACCAACCUAUACGAGCAUUACUGGACUCUUGUUCAGAGAUAAGUUUUAUCACUGAAAAGAUGGCAAAGCAACUUCAAUUACCAUUUGAGCGAAUAAACCAGGAAGUGUCAGGCAUUGGUGAU